AUGGGUCCAUUGAACAAAUAUAAUUUGCUGUACGUGUUGACUCAUGAAAUCGGUCAUUCGUUAGGGUUAGAUCAUAAUCACAACACUACGUCGAUAAUGUAUGCAUACGUACCUGACAGUACUUUUCCUGUCACACUAAACAACGAGGACAUUAUAAACAUACAAAAUCUAUACGGCGCGACGGAUACCGACGUGUUACCGAAAACGACUCUCAGACCGCCACCACCGCCACCACCGCAGCCAACACCAAGCGUUCCACCGGAUCUGUGCGCCUUGAAACGUGUUGAUAUGAUAUUACUGUUGGAACAUCGAAUGUAUGUAGCGUACGGAAAACACAUAUGGGUGAUUGAUAUAGAUGGAAAGACCUACAGAGAACCUCUGCUGCUUUCAAACUACAUGCCAUUCAUUCAUUCACACUUCACGCGUAUUUCAACCGCGUAUCAAACUCCAUCCGAUCACUUGAUUCUAUUCGUUGACGAUAGAAUCUAUAAAGUGAACUACCCAGACUUCACGCUAGUACCAACUUGGCCGAGAACUCUCAAAGACUUUGGAAUUCCUAUGGAUGCAAAAAUAGACGUUGCCGUAAACACUAACAAAGGAAAGUCUUACGUGUUAUACAAUCACGAGACACGGUAG